AGCCUCUGUUCGCAGACGACAGUUCUACAGUCGACGUUCAGAUCUACAAAGCCAUCAUUACUAUGUCAUGGAGGAAACCGACGGGGUGCCUGAGGCAAACACUAAGGACACUCCUCCCAAGACCGAAAACAUCGAAAUGGAAGCCACAACCACUACGACAACGACCGUUAGAAAGAAGCGCCCCCUGGAGGACAAAAUCUGUCGGGUGUGUGGCGACAAAGCGGUGGCUCACAACUUUGAUGUGAUCACCUGCGAGUCUUGUAAGGCAUUCUUCCGUCGGAACGCUUUUAAACGCGACGAGCUCCGAGAAUGUGCGUUUCAAAGGUCUUGCCCAAUCAACGUGCGGACCCGACGUUUCUGUUCUGCUUGUCGCCUGAAGAAGUGUUUCGAUAUUGGCAUGCGCGCCGACAUGAUACUAGAUGACAGCAGGAGACAACUCCGAAUGGACAAGCGAGGCAAGAGAAGAAACAGACGGGACGGAUCUUCUGUGGGGGGAGUCACUUCUGGCGACAGUCCUCUCUCUGGUGAUGAUUACCAUCGCCAUGAGGCUUUCGCCGAGCAGGAGAACGACCACGCCAUCAGCAGCCCUCGGAACGGCAACCACAGCAACGGCCGCAACACCGCCGCUACCGAGACGCUCAACGCUCACAGCAUCAACAGCAUUAACAGCAGCAGCCUCAACACCACGGACUGCAGCUAUCAUCACUUCUCCCCCGGCACCGACAUGACCAGUCCCUUGAAGCCCUCUCCGAGUGGCAACCCGAUGGUGAGCCAGCAGGUGACGCCAGCAACAGCAGCCGCAGGGCACGGCACGUGGCAUAUACCCUCGUCCCCGCCAGCCAAAGAGUUCCAGCCCGUCCCCUCCCACCUCUUGCCCUCUGACCCACACAUGUACUGGCGGCUGACAGGGGAGGAGCGUGGCCUGCUGACGCACAUCUCUGCCACCUACCAGAACACCAUCUUGCGUUUGCCGCAACAAGGGGGCGCUGCCGAGCGGACGGAACGCGCCGUCAACAACAUCACGUUGGAGGACCUGCUGGGUCGCUGUGACGUCUGCGCCCACAAUGUCGUCAAGCUGAUGAAGGGCCUGGGCGACUACCGGAAGCUGCAGAUAGAAGACCAGCUGGCUGCUCUGAAAGCCUGCGCCAUGGGGACCCUCAUCCUCAAGGGCGCUGCCUGCUUCGUGGUAGAGCGCGAUGCCUGGAUCAAGGCGUACGGGGAACUUCCGGUCUCCUUCUUCGUGAGGGUCACAGGUCACGAGAAACUCAUCCGUCAGCACGCGGAGUUCUGUCGCUCGCUGAAGAUCCUGCUGAAGAAUGAUGUCACUAUGUAUGCGCUGCUGCAGUGCGUCAUGCUCUUUGACCCCCGCGAACCCAACAUCGCCGACCGACAGCUGGUCAACUCCAUGCGAGACAAGUACCUGCAGCUACUCAAGCACUACCUGGAGUCGCAGGUCUCCUACACCUACGCGGAUGCCUACCUGCAGUUUCUGCGCGAGAAGCUGGCCGAUCUAAAGGUUCUGGCUGAGAAGAUGACACUGAUGUUCAAGGAGUGGACGGCCCUCAUCCAGCCUCUCAUGAUCGAGGUCUUGAGCCUGGCCUAGUAACACUACUCACCAAAGUUUUGGAUGUCUUCCCAAACGGUUAUACAAACAAUUGGUUGCCGGCUGUUCUUGUUUUCGGUGUUAAUGACCAGGUUGAAUCCCACUUCUCAAUCUUUCACAUUUGAAGCCAGUAAAACUCAUUUCAAAAGUGACAGAUAGGAGUUGGUUAGAUAGUUUACUUAUUCCCUUGAACACCUGUCUCCAGUAGCAAAUUGAAGCAUAUAGGUAAUUGUUGGUUAUAUUUGGUUGUUAAGUGAGUGGAGACGGUCGUUCCUGUAGGUCAAGGACUUCUGGAAUCUUUCAUACCAUUGCUCAGUUAGAUUCUAGUGAUAUUGAAAGAAAAUUAAAUGACAGUUUAAAAGUAAGUGCUGGUGUGUUGUUAUGGCUCCCAAUAAAAUGAAUUAAAAUCCC